UCAAGUUAUCUUUUGAGGAUUGGUUCGACUUUUCUUCUUAUAAUGCAGAAUUCACCGAUGAAGAUCCGAAUAAGAAGGAUCAGAAAAAGAUGACUGAAACAGAAGACUCCGCUAAAAUGACAAUUGAGUUUCUUCGUGCUCGGUUGCUAGCUGAAAGAUCUGUAUCAAAGAGUGCAAGACAGAGAGCUGAUGAACUAGCUGAAAGGGUGGUGGAACUGGAGGAACAACUAAAAUCUGUGACUCUUCAAAGAAACAAAGCCGAGAAAGCAACUGCUGAGGUUCUAGAAAUUUUGGGAAACCAUAGACUCAGUGACUUCUCUGAGACAUUUGAUUCAUGCUCUGACCAAGAGGGGUUCCUCUGUGAAUCUGAGGAGGGUACUGAACCUGAGAAGAAACAGGAAAGCUCUGUAACUUCAAAAGCAAGGAUUAACAAAUUCGAGUUUUCUGGUUCAGAGCUGGGGAGUUCUGUAACUAGUAGAAGUUUAUCUUGGAAAAACUGCACCAAAAGUUCAACUUCUUCCAAGUCAGAAUAUAUGGAUCAGACCAGGAGGAGCAGCAGUUUCAUUUCUAAAAUUGGAUCUUCUUCCAGAAGAAAUUUGGGUAAGUCGUGCCGCCAGAUAAAACGAAAAGAAAUAAGAUCAGGAGCUGAUGAAGUGAGAGGUGAAUCUUUCCAGCAUGGAGCUCAAGGAAAUGGAGAAUCUAUCACAUCAGGGGACACAUCCAAUGACUCUAAAGAUGGUUCAAUGGAGACCACAGAAGAAAGAUCUAAAACUAAGGAAGAGAAAGUGUUUCUCGAAGACAUGGAAAGGGCACUAGAACAUCAGGCCCAGCUCAUUGUUCGAUAUGAAGCAGAAGAAAACGCUCAGAGAGAGUGGGAGGAGAAGUUUAGAGAAAAUAACAGCUGUACUCCGGAUUCAUGUGAACCUGGGAAUCAGUCUGAUAUCACUGAAGAAAGGGAUGAGAUCAGGGCAGAAACUGUUGAUCCACCUGACACAAUUCCAUCUCAUGACCAAGGAGUGAGGUCAGAGACAGAAUAUGUUUGUCAUGAUGAAGAUAAAGUAGACAAACCCCUUGCCAAUGGAGUUGUUCCAACAGUGCAUGUUGAAAUGGGUUGCCUACCAGUUCAACAGCAGAGCGGUAUGGUUGAUGAAUUCUCCGCUAGUUUAUAUGUUUCAAGCCAAUUGGAAACAGAUAUUAACACCAGGGGGAAGGAAAAACUAGAGCUGUUGGACAAAUCUCUUCAUCAACCUUUGCAUGCGUCCUCUGAGGAUCGUCCACUGCAGAAAUCCCCAUCUCAUGUUUGUGAGCAAGGAGAGUCAUUGGUAGGGCAGAACAAACCCCAAGUGGUGUCAUUGCAUGAAACAAAAGAUGGCUUUUAUGCAGUGUUGGAGGCACUGCGACAUGCCAAGUCAUCUCUGAAACAUGAAAUUAAUAGAUUGCCAUUAUCAAGCAUAGGGGGGCCUAUGGUGGCAGCAACAGAUGCUCCUUUUCCAGCAAAUAAGGGUUGGGACACCAUGGAGAUUCCUGUUGGAUGUGCUAGGUUAUUCAGAGUACCAACUGACUUGAAAUUUGAAAAUACUGCUCUUCAUUCCCAGAUCAGCUUGUUGGGGCCCUUUCCUGAUUCUCAUCUAAGUUUAACAAGGUAUUAUCCCAACAUGGGAGUUGGAGGUGCUGCUGGAGAUAGAUACACUGCCAGCCCUUACAUGGAAAGCGGGUCAAGUAGUUCUACUCAAAAGUCAUAUCUUGAUACUUAUAUGGACAUGAGCAGGGGAUUACCUGCAUCCAGUAGAUACACCUAUCCUCCAUAUGCAGAUUUGGUCCUCAAAACGCCUUCUGGCUAUGGUGAUGGAAUUCAAAGACUAUCAAGUAUAGGAACAAUUCCUUCUGGAGAUCAAAAUUACAUCUAUCAUGAUCAGAUCAAGCCAAAUAUGCAUAGAUAAUAGCAAGCAAUUGGUGGUUGAUGGGUUUGUCCAUUAUUAGUCUCCAACAAUAAUUUUG